AUGGCAAGCUCCCAAGAUGCUGUGGCGGCCGCGGCGCCCCGGCGAGUCCCGAUCCCUCCCCGCGGCGUCGACUACCGCAGCAAGGUGGUUCUGGCACCCAUGGUGCGCUCGGGCGAGCUGCCGUCACGCCUUUUGGCGCUGCACUACGGUGCCGACUUGGUAUGGGGCCCAGAAACAGUCGACCACUCUCUUGUCGGCGCUAUCCGGCGCAUCAACCCUCGCACCAAGCUAGUCGAGUACACCCGAAUCCCAACUCCGCACGCGCAAGCGCACCUCCCCCCACCCUCCUCAUCGCCCGACGACGACGCCUCCUCCGAAGCAGCAGACGGAAACGUAAUCUACCGACUCGAUCCAAAGCUAGCCAGGGAGAAACUGAUCUUCCAGCUGGGCACCUCAGACCCGGCUCGGGCGGUGACAGCCGCGCGCGUGGUGGCGGGGGACGUGGCGGGGAUCGACGUGAACGCGGGGUGCCCGAAGCCGUUCAGCGUGCUGGGCGGGAUGGGGGCGGCGCUGCUGCGGACGCCCGACAAGCUGGCGGGGAUCCUGGAGGCGCUGGUGCGCGACAUUGUGCCCGAGUUCGGCAUCGGCGUCAGCGUCAAGAUCCGCCUGCUCGAGACGGCCGCCGAGACCGAAGCCCUCGUGCGCCGCCUGUGCGCCACGGGCAUCACGGGCCUCACGGUGCACUGCCGCACCACGCCCAUGCGCCCGCGCGAGCGCGCCAUCCGCGGCCAGCUGCGCAUGAUCGCGGACGUGUGCCGCGAGGCCGGCGUCGCCUGCCUCAUGAACGGGGACGUCGAGUCGAGAGACCAGGCGGAGGAGCUGGUCAAGGAGUUCGGCGUCGACGGCGCCAUGAUUGCCACCGCGGCGGAGAAGAAUCCGAGCUGUUUCCGGAGCGCCAAGGAUGGGGGGUUGGCGCGUUGGGAGGAGGUGGCUGAGAAGUACGUAAGGUUCGCCAUGGAGGUGGAGAACAAGUUCAAUAAUACAAAGUACCUGCUGGCACAGAUGGUGCCGGGGAAGGCGCCCGUCUACCGGGAGCUGAUGAAGUGCCGGUCGUACACUCAAAUCGUGGAGGCGCUGGGGUACGAUGGAGGGAUGAAGCAGAGGGCAAAGGAUACGGACCGUUUGCAGAAAAUUGGCGAGUUUGAGGUUAAGCAGCAGAAGAAGGCCAAGGGACCGAAACCCCAGGUUAAGGCACAGAAUAAGCAGGAGUCGAAGAAGAGAAAGAGGGAGGAUGGGGCGGAUGAGCAAGUCCGCGCGGAGAGGAAGAGGGACGAUGAGGUGGCUCAGCAGGUUCCCGCGACAGCGGCGGUGGCUGCUGCCCCCGUGGCCGUGUAG